CAGAACAUAACAACCAAAACGCUAAUUCAGUUUCCGUUUCACUCUCUUCUCUGUAAAAAUAUGGCAAAACCAAACGCUAAUAAUAGUCUAGUCGGUUCAAUGGAAGAAAUAAGAAGAAUAUUCAACAAAUUUGACAAAAACGGCGACGGAAGGAUCUCAAGUAACGAAGUAAUACAAAGUCUAGGAGAACUCGGAACCAAACUAUCGAACGACGACGUACAGUGCAUGAUGCAAGAGUUCGACAAAGACGGAGACGGCUACAUUGAUCUCGACGAGUUCGUUGACUUCAUUCAACGCGGCGGAUUGGACGGUGGCGGUGGCGAUGCGCCUUCCGGCGGGAAUAAAGAACUGAAGGAUGCGUUUGAUAUGUAUGAUAUUGAUAAAAACGGACUGAUUUCAGCGAGUGAACUGCACGCGGUGAUGAAGAUAUUGGGGCUGAAAUGUAAAUUGAGCGAUUGUACGAAAAUGAUUCGUCAGGUUGAUCAAGACGGUGAUGGUAACGUUAAUUUCGAGGAGUUUAAGAAGAUGAUGAGUAACGGGUUAGUGUGAGAAUUACUUAAAUCUGUAAAUAUAAUUCGGAUGCUUUUCAAUUUCAAUGUCGUUUAUCGUUAUCGUUUCUGCCGUUUUAAUUGACGUAAAAAGCAGCAGAAAGAGUAGUAGAAUUAUUAUUAGGAGUAGGAAUUUAAAUAUUUCCGUAGCCAUUGAUAAUAUGCGAUGGAACUUAGGGUUAAUUAAUUAUAAUUAACUUAUCUGCAAAAUUGUAGCUAUAAUAUUAAUUGGGUAAGAUUUGAUUA